AUGGGAGCUCAUCAGAACCUUGCCGUWCUGCUCGGCGUGGCCUCGUUACUGCUGAACGUCUGCUGUGAUGUGGGCUGUAAGGGGACAGACGGACAACCAGGACAGGCUGGGACUGCUGGAAGAGACGGACUGCCUGGACUGAAGGGAGAGAAGGGAGAUCCAGCUGUGAUGAUCCAAGGUCCGGUGGAUCCGAUCACCCUGUUGAGACUCAAAGGGGACCUGGGGAAUCCAGGCCCCCCAGGGGACAUGGGGGUUAAAGGUUAUCAGGGUCAAUUAGGAGCAACUGGUCCCGUUGGAAAGCCUGGUCCACCUGGUCCAACAGGGAAGAACACCGGCGCCGGACAGGCUAGCUCGAAUCAAGAAGUUCAAUAUUCGGCUUUUUCUGUCAUCAGGAACGACAGCAGCUACCCGGUCUUCGGCCAGAAAAUAACCUACCAGACCGUGGUGGUCAACAAACCCGGUGAUUUGAUAGCGAACACGGGAAUCUUCGUCUGCCGGGUAGCUGGGGUCUACUAUUUCACCUUCCACUCCAUUGCGAAGGUCAGCAUGUGCCUGGGUUUGAGCAGCAACUCCCUCGGCGACGACAAGCUGGUGUUCUGUGAUUACAACAGAGACAGGCGCUACGAGCAGGUGAGUGUCAACAACAACAUCAACAACAACAAUAAUAUUAAACACUGCUUACAAAGUACCUCAAAGUAAUACUUGAGUAAAA